GUUGUGCGUUUCCUCUUCCGACCAAAGGCGGGGCCAGAGCUCCCGCGGGAAACCUGGGUGAGCGGUGCUCAGCGGAUGCAGCUGCGGGAAUGGCAGGCUUGCGGACCUUGGUCCUGCGGCCUUGGAUUCGAGAACUGGUCCUGGAGUCAGAGACACUCUCAAGUCCGCGGGCGGGGCAGCUGCUCCAGGUACUGCAGGAGGCUGAAGGCCCAGGCACGUCCCACGCCCCUGACAAGUCUGAAGUCGGGGCGGCACUGCUAGUGUCUGACGGGACCCACAGUAUUCGAUGCCUGGUGACGCGGGAGGCCCUGAACGCCUCGGACUGGGAAGAGAAGGAGUUUGGCUUCCGAGGGGCUGAAGGCCGGCUGCUGCUGCUGCAGGACUGUGGAGUCCGAGUCCAAGUUCCCGAGGGCGAGGGUGGCCUGCCCUCGGAGUUCUACCUCCAGGUGAACCGCUUCUGCCUGCUGCCCACGGAGCAGCCCCGAGACUGGGUGACUGGUUGCAACCAGGACCCAGAUGUGCAGAAAAAGCUCAAUGACUGCCUGGAGGAGCACCUUUCAGAGUCCACCUCUCCCAAUGCAGGCCUUUCGCUAUCCCAACUUCUGGAGGAAGUGCAGGAGGAACAGGAGCAUCAGGGGGCACUGGUUUGCAGGGCUGAGAGCUGUCUGAUGCUGUCAGGCCCUUGCGCAGCACCUCUGCUCACCCGCUGGGCCGCCUCCCGCAGCAGGGCCUUGGAAGAAGCUGUGUAUACUCUCCCCAGUCUAUGGCUGCACAUCUCUGAGAAUGACCAGCAAAUCCUGAACUCUCUGGGCCGAGGUCGGAGGGCACAGGGCCCUGACUUGCCCCCACCAGACCUGGCUCUUGAGGAACUGUCGCUGACCCUGUCUCCUUCCUUACUCAGUUCCUCAGGAACCCCUACCUUACCUAGCCACGUGUCGUCAGAGGAAAGUGCUACCAGUGUCAGCCUUCUGCCUGCCCUGUCCCCAGCAGCUCCAGACCCAGUGCAGAACGGCAGCUCCCAGCCCUUACCAGCCCUCUGCUCAGCCCCUGGCCCUCUGUCCCCCAGUUCCUCACAGCCCAGCCAUGUAUCCAGCUCCCUAUUCCUGAGGGGCACCCCAAGUCUGUCACCUCUUGGUCACAUUCCCAGUCCACACCAGGCCCAUGUGACCAGGCCCCAGAAAUCUAGCCUGGAGUUCAAGGAGCUAGGGUUGCCCCUCAAGAACUGGCUGCAUUCUCCAAGGAUAAGAAGCACUGAGGGAGUCCUGGAAUCCAGUCCUGUGUGGGUGAGCACAGCCCCCCUACAAUUGGAGGGUAAAAUUCGGAGCCCCCAAAGAGGCAUCGUGAUGGUUCCGCCUUCCAAUAUGAGUAUGAGCCACCCUGCACUUCCCUGUGUGCCCAGGUCCAAGAUGCCAGGCUCCCUCCCCAGCUCCUAGCCUGGGCCUUGCACUUUCUGAUGGAGCCACAGCUGGAAUCUGAGCAAACCCAGCUGUGAGGGGUCAUGUGACCACGUGGGAGGAUAUGUGCAUACAGAUCCUGAGUGUGGACAAACAGUGCUCCAUACUCUGCUUCCUUUGAAUUUUUU